AUGGUCCUCCAUAACCCCAACAACUGGCACUGGGUGAUGAAAGAUGCGGGACAGUGGGCCAAAGACUACCUAGACGCCGAAAGCAAGAAGGUCGCUGCUGAGGAGAAUGGAGUGUCUGCAAAAAUCUCAAAACUGAUUUCCAUGGACGGUGAUGUGGAGGUGAGCCAGAGAAAGGGCAAGGUUAUAACCAUAUACGAUGUGGUGCUACAACUGGAGUACGAAGGCAAGACAGAAGACGGGACGGAUGUCAGUGGCAGCAUUCGUGUUCCAGAAUGCGCAUAUGACACCGAACUAGACGAGUACGUUUUUGAGAUAGACAUCUACUCUGAAACGAAGGAAAAACAGCCCGUCAAAGAUCUCGUGCGAUCGAAACUGACGCCUGAGCUUCGAAAGGUCUUUGCAGGUCUCAGUCCUGCCUUGAUUAAUGAGCACGGAAAGGACCUACAACACGAACCUGGUUCAAACCCUUCAAGCGGAUUUGCGACACCUACAUGGCAUCCAGGUAGCGAGCGCACACCGAUCCAGACCAACAAAACAACCACAACCACCACCGGCAAAUCAUCAGUCAACACAACCACAGUAACAGCGAAUGAUGAAUUCCGAACAACGGCAGAUGAAAUGUACCAGACAUUUACAGAUCCUCAACGCCUUGCCGCAUUUACGCGCGCACCACCUAGAGUCUUUGAAGGAGCCAAGCCAGGCGCCAAAUUUGCAAUCUUCGAUGGGAACGUGACAGGAGAGUUUGUUACAUUGGAACCUCCGAAGAAGCUCAUUCAGAAAUGGAGAUUAGCGCAGUGGCCUGAAGGACAUACGAGUACCCAGGAAAUCUUCUUUGACCAAAACGACGUGGACCGAGUGACCAACAUGAGAGUGACUUGGACCGGAGUACCUGUCGGACAAGAAGAAGUUGUACAACGGAAUUGGGAGGGUUAUUAUGUGCGCAGUAUCAAGCAGACCUUUGGCUUUGGAACGUUUCUCUAG